UUGUUUUCUCUACCUUUUGUCUUCCAGUACAAGUGAUAGCACAAAUCUCUAAUUCUCUUUUCAUUGCUACUAUGCUGUAAGCAGCUAAAUGUAACAGAAUUUUCUUUUAUUUGGGAAAUGAUCAAGUACUUGAUGCUGCAUGCAUACUAAAUUCAUCAUGAAUUAGACUUUAAAUAAGGCAGAAAUAAUCGGAUGUUGAUCAGCUGUAAUUUGCAAUACUUGUCGGCUGCCUGAGAAAGGAUGCCAAACCAGCUAUGAUUUGCACUACUGAUGAUUUAUCAGCAUGGAAGGAUUUUCCGAAGGGUCUUAGGGUCCUUCUUCUUGACGAGGACAGCAAUUCUGCUGCCGAGAUAAAAUCAAAGCUUGAAGCUAUGGACUAUAUUGUUUAUACCUUCUGCAAUGAAAAUGAAGCUCUAUCGGCAGUUUCAAGUAGUCCUGAAAGCUUCCAUGUAGCCAUUGUAGAGGUCAGUACAAACAAUAACAAUGGGAGUUUCAAGUUUCUUGAAACUGCUAAGGACUUGCCUACCAUUAUGACUUCAAACAUUCAUUGUAUCAGCACCAUGAUGAAGUGCAUAGCUCUUGGAGCAGUUGAGUUUCUUAGGAAGCCACUCUGUGAGGAUAAACUAAGGAAUAUAUGGCAGCACGUUGUUCAUAAGGCAUUCAAUGCAGGGGGGAAUGACCUUUCUGAAUCACUAAAACCAGUUAAAGAAUCUGUGGUUUCUAUACUGCAUCUACAAUUGGAAAAUGGAAAACCUAUGAAUGAAGACUCAGACAAAGCAGAAGAUGCAUCUGUGGUUUAUGAAAAUGACUGUAAACCACCACCAGGAAGUGAUAAGUACCGAGCUCCUUCAACACCGCAAUUAGAACAGGGAGGAAGACUGUUAGACAAUGGAGAUUGCCGAGAUCAUACUAACUGCCUUACAGAAAGAGAGAGUGGGGAGCAGGAUGGAGAAUCCCAAUCUGUCGAAACUACCAGUGGCAAUGCACUCACUGAAGUAACUGCACCCGUUGGCCGACCUCAGGGACCGAGGGAGACCAUGGUAAAAGAGGACGCUGCCUUAGUUGAUGGCACCAAGGGCGAGAGUACCAUGUCCUCUCAUCCACAAAACAGAGCAAAUAGCAAAGAUUCUCAUGCUGAUGCUGAAAAGCCAAAUUCAGUUUCUGGUCUUAAUAGUUCAUGUCUGAAUAAAGCAAAUCGGAAAAAAUUGAAGGUAGACUGGACACCUGAACUGCAUAAGAAAUUUGUCCAGGCAGUGGAUCAACUAGGUGUAGAUCAAGCCAUCCCUUCUCGAAUAUUAGAGCUGAUGAAAGUGGAAGGCUUGACAAGGCAUAAUGUGGCAAGUCAUCUCCAGAAGUAUCGAAUGCAUAGGAGACACAUUUUGCCCAAGGAGGAUGAUCAAAGAUGGCCACAAAGAGAUCAAACGCAAAGGAGUUGGUAUCCACAUAAACCUAUCAUGGCCUUUCCUCCAUACCACUCUAAUCAUGUUGUCCCGGUUGGUCCACCCUAUCCCAUGUGGGGAGCACCUCCUCAUCUAGCCAGCAUCCAGAUGUGGGGUUCACAAGGUUACCCCCCAUGGCAACCAACUGAAGGUUGGCAUUGGAUGCCCUACCCAGUGGUGCAUGCUGAUGCGUGGGGUUGCCCUGUUAUGCCCCCGCCUCAUGAAUAUUGUUCUGCAUUCGCUCAAAAUGCGUCUGGAUUUCAUUGUUCUAGCACCAUGGACAACAGAAGUGGCAUGCCUAAAAGUUCCGUUGAACAUCAGCUGGCAGAGGAGGUAAUUGACAUGGUUGUGAAAGAAGCAAUAAACAAGCCAUGGUUACCUUUGCCCUUAGGACUCAAGCCUCCUUCCACUGAUGGUGUGCUAGCUGAGCUCUCUAGACAAGGCAUAUCCACCAUUCCUCCUCCCAUCAAUGGCUCUGAUUCAUGCUGACGUGGAACUAGAUCACCUGGUCCUACCCUUGUGCUUCCAGAUUUUUAUGUGACUGGUGCGACCACCCAACUUUGCUGCACUUUGAACCGUAUCAAACUCCCAUCCAGCCACCAGCCCAAAAAACAAAACAUGUGAAGGUACGCGUGUAUGGAGCGCGUGAUCAAGGGUUUGUUGUUACUGACAUGCCACACUAGGACACAAAGAAGAAAAAAAGUGAAUCUGAUCCAAUCUAUCGCCAUAGUGAAAAGAUCAAGUGUGGUCGCUUUCAAGAUGACAAAACGGUCGGAUUAACAAUGGCCACGUAGAUGUAAUGUACACCGCAUUUGAGAUAUGUGGUUGUAAAUAGUUUCUAACAUGAGUCAUGACAUGAACAAUUGUUGUUGGCGGAACAGAUGUGUCGGGGACCCUUUGUUUUUUUCUUUUUUAGUUUUUAAUGCUCAAUUUUUGGUUUUGAUGAUCGGGUCGUUUUUUAUUUUCCCUGGUGGGGCCUACUGGUGAUCUUUCAUCUUUGUGAUUAAAGUUUGACGGGAAAGCCAUAAUUUGGAUGCUGACUUGAUAAUUAUCUCGAGUCCAAUGGAUAUGGGUGUACAACAAUGUGAUUUACAGGUUAUAUAUG